UCCCCCUCUCUCUCCCCUCUCCCCACCCUCUCCAUUGAUACACAGGUGACCACUGGUUUGCCUCCUACAGGUGAAGACAGCGUGCCUGUACCUGGAGCCCCCACCUUGGGCAAUGAGGCCCCCACCCCCUCCUCCACACCUGCCCCACAGGUACAUGACCAGGAGGAACAGUAUGAUAUGUCUGGACUGAGAAAGGCCUUAGUGCUCUGCAUUAAAGAAGGUAGGCCUGGAGCCGAGAAUGAACUGAAAAUUCUCAAAACCUGCUUGGAGGAAUUAAACUUCCAAGUGAGCGAGUCCAUCGAUCCGCUCAGAAAGGAUAUCCUGGCCUCUCUGGAGAAGUAUCGGGAUGAGAUGGACCCUCGAGUCUGUUGCUCCUUUGUCUUCAUUCUCGCUCACGGGAAAGAGGGAAAGAUUUGCGGGUCUGAUAACGCAACCGUUGAUAACGCAGACGUUGAUCUGGAAGACGUCUUUAAGAUGUUCAAUAAUAAGGAGUGUCCCCAUCUGCAGUACAAGCCCAAAGUCUUCGUGUUCCAAGUCUGUCGUGGAGGCAAGAAAGAUUCUGGCGUGCACUCCGGAUAUCGUUCCAUGGGGUCCGAGCCUGAACUACUGCCCACCAUCUCCGACACCUUCACUGUUUACCCAUCUCAACCAGGUUUUGUGGCAUAUCGGAACACAACGUUUGGUUCGUACAUGAUCCAGGAGAUGGGGAAAGUCUUCAAGAACCUGGCAGAUAAGAAGCACCUGUACGACUUGUUUGUGAAGGUGAAUCAGGAAAUGGUAAAAAUAAACUUUAAAGUCGAAGACAAGACCAAGAAAUUUGAAUACAAUAGAAAGAAGACAUGCCUGGUGAUGGAGUCUACUCUGACCAAGUUGGUCUACCUUAAAGUUCCCAAGCCAUGAAAUACUUUGUGGAAGCACAAUCAGCUUUCAAAAUCCUCUCAACCCUCAAAAUCUCUCUGGAGCUGCGAGAUUUUUCGCAUCAACCUAACACCUUGAGUAGAACGAUUUAAAUCUGUACGCAUUCUAAUAAACUCACAAUAAAUUAAACCAAUGUAA